UGACAUUUGUCAAAUCAGGUGUUCACUUUUAUUUGUUUACUUCUUUGUUGUUUUUUGAAGAUUAGUACCUGAUUUAGGCCUUAUAAUUAACUUAAAAUUAUUAGUAAAAUCCUAGGUAAUAUUAGCUGCUAGUUGAUUAACUAUUCCAUGUAAAUCUAAGUAGCAUAACCUAAAAAUGGGUGACGAUACCAAAUCCGAGAGUUUACCUGAAAAAGUCGAGUUUAAGAAGCCCGUGCUCAUAGGACGCAUUGGUAAACUGCCCAAGAAAGCUAAAAAUGAAGCAGUGAAAGUUGUAGAAAGUAAAGAUUUGCCGAAAUCAAGCGAACAAAGCGGGCAUUCCGAUAGCAAGAGUGGUCAAAGUGACAACAAGAGAUCCUUACCGCCAGCGGUGUUGUUAAAAGAGCUGUCGACUCCUAUACCUUAUAAAGAACCUAAGUGGUCUGGGCUAGCUCCCGAUGGUUCCGAAUAUGCCUUGGAGGUACUCAAAUCAGGGAUGAUUGUGGAUAAAGUGGAUCUCACAAGUAAACCAUAUUAUGUAUUUGGACGCCUAGCUAACUGUGACGUUGUUAUGGCGCACCCUACAAUAUCUAGACACCACUGCGUCUUACAAUACAAAGCGUUCGCCGAGGAAGGUGAGCAACCGUCCGGCUGGUACCUCCACGACCUGGGCAGCACUCACGGCACGUUCCUGAACAAGGAGCGACUGAAAGCUGGUCACUACACCAGGAUACGGGUGGGACACCAGCUCAAGUUUGGGAGCAGUACACGGACUUAUAUUAUGAUGGGCCCAGAUUUCGACAGUGAAGGGGAGUCAGAGCUAUCAGUGUCAGAAAUAAAGCAGCGUUCACUGAACAUGAAGUUGGAAAGAGACAGGAUGAUACGCGAGGACAGGGAGCAGAGGGAGAGGGACAGACUCGAAGAGGAAAGGAAGAGAGAAGAGCAGGGCAUCGAUUGGGGGAUGGGCGAAGACGCGGAAGACGAACCGGAUCUAACAGACAAUCCGUACGCCGUGACCUCUAACGAGGAGUUGUACCUAGAGGAUCCUAAGAAGACCCUCCGAGGGUACUUCGAGAGGGAAGGCCACGAUCUGACCUAUAACUGUGAGGAGAGGGGCAUCGGGCAGUUUAUGUGCAGGUGA